CAGCGUGGCGGCUGCCGGCUUCUUCCCCUUUGGGGAGGGGAAGUAGGUGGAAGAAAAUGCAAGAACUUGACAAGAUUGAAAUCUUGAAUCCAGAAUGGAUUUGCCAACUCAAAACUGAUGGCCAAAUUCAGAAUGGUACAAAGCAGAAUAAUUCUGAUGGUUGUGUUGAUAAACUUUUUGAAGAAGCUCAGAAAGUUGGGGCCAUAUGCUCAGAGCAGGCUACGGCCGAUACAAUUAUUACAUUAUGGAAAAAUGGUUUUACAAUAAAUGAUGGUGAACUCCGAAGUUACACAGAUGUUGCAAACCGGCGCUUCUUGGAUUCCAUUAAAAAGGGGGAGCUGCCUCACGAGUUACAGAAGAUCUGUGACAAAGAAGAGGUGGAUGUGAAAGUGGAUGAUAAGAAGGAUGAGUUAUAUACAUCACCGAAGGCAGUAUUUCAUCCUUUCUCUGGAGCAGGGUAUCGAUUGGGAAGUGCUACACCUAGAAUAAUUUCCAAAGUAAAAAAAAAAGGUGAAGAAACUGAAAAGAGAAAACCGACAGUAGUGCUAAAUAAUUCAGAACCUAUCACUAGAAUCCAGAUUUGGUUAGCAGAUGGAGCAAGGAUAGUACAAAACUUCAAUAUUUCUCAUCGAGUAAGCCACAUCAGAGACUUCAUAAUGGACUACCAGAGACAUCAAGGAAAAAGACCUUUCACACUGACUACUUCGCUUCCUUUUCAAGAAUUGCUGGAUGAAUCUCUCACACUAGAGGAAGCUAACUUAAAAAAUGCUGUUGUUGUGCAAAGACUUAAAAAUAAUACUGAGCCUUUCCGAAGUUUCUCUUCUUAGUAUUCUCUACCUAAAAGAAAGAACAAUUGCAGGAAAGGUCUUGGAAAUAUGGAAGACAAUAUCCAUACAAUAGGUCCCCCCCAGUUGUGAUUCUUUUAAUGUAGAAAUCCAACUUAGUUGAGUGAUUUUAACUUGAAUCACCUCCACUUAGGAAUAGCAAUAAUUCCUGUGUUUUAUAUGACAUCUCCAAUGCUGCUUUGAAAAGGCAUGCAAUGUAUGCUGAACUAAAGCCACCCCAAAGUUGUUUUCUAUAUUUUUGUUUGUUUGUUUGUUUGUUUUAAAUAGCUUGGCAGAAAGUAAUAGAGACAAUCCUACUGAUCUUGAACAUUUUUGUAAGUUUGAAGUUGAACAAAUUUUGAAAGCACAAUUUGACUUCAUUCUUGCUUACUUUUAUAUGUUAUAGUUUGAUAUAUUUUAUUCUAUCAAUGCUACAGUAUGAUAUUGACAUAACUUAAUAUAUAUAUUUAAUUUGUACAGAAAAUCUCCACAGGUUUUAAGCAUAGUGGCUGUUUCUUUUGAAAAUUUGCCUUCCAAUUUAUGUUUUAGGAUAUCAGAGGAGCAAAUGACUAAAGCAGCAUCAUGUAACAACCUCUUUCAUAUGUAUAUAACACACACACACACACACAUAUUAAAGAGUCAGAGUUUA